UCUCUCCCAUUAUAGGCCGGUGGAGUAGUUAGUGAGGUGGUCACCGCCGGAGAACCCAAACCCAUUCUCAAAAUCCCCCAACUUGGAACACCUCCAAUUCUCUCUCAUCAAUUGCCCCAAAAAGAAAUCAUUACAGAGAAUGAAAUCGGUGAAGACCCAUCAAGAAGAAGAAGAGGAAGACGAGGAGUUUGGUUCCAAGAAAGAUGCCCCAUCUUCUAAUAGCAACAAAGAUGGGAAGAGCAGUGAUAAGGCUAAUGCAAUACGGUCGAAGCAUUCAGUCACAGAGCAGCGUCGAAGGAGCAAGAUUAAUGAGAGAUUUCAAAUAUUAAGAGAUCUGAUACCCCAUAGUGAUCAAAAGAGGGAUACAGCAUCAUUCCUGGUGGAGGUAAUUGAGUAUGUCCAGUAUCUACAGGAAAAGGUGCAAAAGUACGAGGGAUCAUACCAAGGUUGGAGUUCAGAGCCUACAAAGCUGAUGCCCUGGAGGAAUAGUCACUGGCGUGUUCAGGGUCUGGUUGGUCAUCCUCAACCAAUAAAGGAUGGUUCUGGUCCAGGUUCAACACUUCCUGGGAGGUUUGACGAGAAUAACAUCACCAUCACUCCUACCAUGCACACAAACAUACAGAACCCAAUUGAAUCUGACCCGAGCAGGGAUGCCUCCUGUAAAGCAAUGGAUCCACAACCUGAAUUACCAUGCAAGGCAAUGGCCAUGCCCAUGCCUUUGCAGGCAGGCAUUCCGGUUCCUGUCCCUAUUGAUGAUGCAUUUUCCCAUCCUCUUCAGGGGCCUGUGUCUGAUGCACAAUCAACUGAAUGCCCCAUUACUGGUGUGGCUCUGAAUCAGCAGGAGGAGCUAACAAUUGAAGGGGGCACAAUUAGCAUCUCAAGCGUGUACUCUCGGGGGCUAUUGAAUACUCUGACACAAGCACUGCAAAGUGCGGGUGUCGAUCUGUCUCAGGCAACCAUCUCAGUGCAGAUUGAUCUUGGGAAACGAGCAAAUAGAGGACUGACAUCCGGGAUAUCCAAUACCAAGGAUCAUGAAAGUCCCCCUUCUGGCAACCAACCGAGGGGACUCUUUGGGGAUGCAAUCAAUGGUGAGGACUCAGAGCAAGCUCAAAAGAGGCUAAGGACAUGAGAACAGUAUGACACAUAACCCUGAUUUUCCAUUUCCCCACGAUUUUGGCAUUUUCUGCUGGUAAACUAGUUGAUUGUAUAUUCUCCUCUUAUGGUGAGAAGUAUCUGUUUGUGGACAUAAAAUUGUUGGCCGAAAUGGGCUGCACAAUCAUCACCUAUUGGGGGUACCGGUUACACUUUGGUGCCGAGUACAGCCAGUGUAAUGUACCUCCCUACCUGUGGCUUUUGUAGGAAUAUUCUUGUUUGUUGGUGAUAAAUCCACGAAGCCCUCUCCCCCCGGUCCCGGGUUUAGUAUCAUUAUUUGAAGUUGUUGUGUCAUAAUUUAUUUUAAUAAACUCGUUUGUGAGAAUUGGAUGGUCGUCUCGUCUCGUUCGUUGUGCACUGUUUUAAAGUGUUUUGACAGAUAACA